CUAGGCUUUCAGGAUGAUCAGAAUUACUUAAACAGAUCUGAAUCAUGAAUGCGCUUAUGAUUGGCGUAGCUCUUAUUCUUAGCUCCUUCCUUUCACACGUAUAUAGCGAACAAAAACACAGGAGUCUUGAAGUUCAUCUAAACGGUUCACCGAUGUACCUCGAUGAUCUAGCUAAAUACCUGAAACUGAAUCCGAAGACCAUUGCAAAAGAAAGUAGCGCACAUAGUAUUAGAAAAUUUUUUCAGCUUAAUUCAACCUCAGAUAUCUUUUCAUUUAGCCGGCCAUUGAUUCCAGUGUGGAUGACAAACCCUAUAUACUUCCUUUUUGAGAAAUUACUUCAACUUUUUGCAUAUAUAGCAAACAGUGAUGAAUAUCUCGAACUGAAUCGUCUAGGCGAAGUCUACUACUUUUAAGAAAAAAAUGGUAUAUACACUGCCAAACUUUUAAAAGAGACGAAAUGAAUCGACAAAUGUCUCUAUCCAGUACCACAUUUUUUUCCUUGCUGAUACUCUUGUUUUUUUAAAUAUUAAUUUCUAAUUACUUUUAAAUUCGAAACUUGGUUUGUGAAUGAAGAUGUAUUAGCAGCAAAAUGACUUCUUGAAUUUCGCACUGAACUAACGUUAACAAACUUUUCAAAAUUGUAAGUAAUUCCACUUCUAUAGUGCUAACGAAUUAUAAGUAUCUCGAUGUUUUACGUUAUGAAAGCAUGGACGCUUGAUGACCAUUAUACUAACCAGUCAUAAUGAGCUCAGUUAACAAUAAAUGCAUUGGAAGUAAA